GGAAAAUGGCGGCGAUCACACAACUUCUAAGCAGAUAAACAACAAAGUUUUGUCCUGUAUUGUGGAAUCUAUCAAGCAUUUCCAGCUAUAACGGAUAAAUACUGAAAAAAUAGUUUUCAAAGAAACAAGAUUAACUCUCUGAUUGCCACAACUGCGUGAGUAUGACCUGAGUUGUCAAGGUUACAAGGGAGCCGUGCAGACUUGUCAUGGACUACAAUGGAGCCCAGCACUUCAGGAAGCGGAUCAAGUGUCACGGUGGGAGCCGGAGGCAGGAGCAUCAGGCAGUCUCUUCGCACAAAAAAAGCAAAGGUGAGCUUCUCACCUACACUAAACAAUGCAGCAUCGUCAUCCAGCAGCCAGACUGGGGGCACAGGGACUAGGUCCGGCCAGGGUCAACAGGCAGAGAAGAAUGGCCCCACAAAGGUCAACAACAACCAGACAGCCUCUGCCAUUGGUGGCCUGCUAGGUCACGCUUCCCCAAACAAAACACAGACUCUCCGGGAUCUUCUGGCCUCCACUCAGUUUAGUAUGAAGCCACGCAAGCGGUCCAACAAGAGGAAGAGUAUAGCUGCGCAGAUAGCCCAGACAAAGGAGGGCUGCAUUGACAUGACGCCAGACUCCAUCCUUGUAAACACAAACCUCAAGGCAUUACUAAACUAUGACACUUUCAACAUGCUGCCUGCUGCAUACCGGUACAAACUCAUCACACUGCUGCCUGAGUGUGACAAACUACCCGACACAGAGAACUCACUCAGGAGUAAAUCACGAGCAUUCUUCUCGAUCUGCUAUCCCCUCACGCCAGCUCAGUCACAGAUUUUCAUUACCGUGGUGUGCUACAGCACUGUAUCUGGGAUGACCAGUUUUGACCCAGGCUGUAUCAACUCCUGUGGUUGUCUCGUCACCUUCUCGCUCGACCGGACACAGGAGGCCUAUCAGGAAGUUCAGAAAGAUACCAAUUUUCAGGAGGGACUCAUCAUUCCCUGUUGA